GCCAGAAGCCUCAGAGUCGGACCCGGACGGCGUGCUAUGACCACGUCACUGCUGCUCCGUCCCCGCUCGCGCUGGCUCGACCCGUCGGUGAUGUUCCUCUACGACAACGGCGGCGCGUCGGAGGAAGUGUGCAAGAACAUGGACGCGUUCCCGGGCGGCAACUUCGCGGCGAGCCAGUGCAGGAAUCUGAUGGCGCACCCGGCCUCGCUGGCGCCCAGCACGGCGUACCCGUCCAGCGACGUGCCCACCGAGCCGGUGAAGCAGUGCAGCCCGUGCUCCGCCUCGCAGAAUUCCUCCAGCGCCUCGUUGCCGUACGGCUACUUCGGCGGCGGCUAUUACCCGUGCAGAAUGGCGCACCACGGCGGUAUCAAGACGUGCGCUGCGCAACCCCCCUCCGCGUACGGGGAGAAAUACAUGGACACGUCGAAUCCCCACGGGGACGACUUCACCUCCCGGGCGAAGGAGUUCGCCUUCUACCCCACCUAUCCGUCCGGUCCGUACCAACCUGUGCCGAGUUAUCUGGACGUCCCCGUCGUGCCUACGAUCGGCGCGCCUCCCGAGGCCAGGCAUGAGUCGCUCCUGCCGGUGGAGAGCUACCAGCCGUGGAGCCUGGCCCCCGCCGGGUGGAACGGUCAAGUUUACUGCGGAAAAGAGCAGCCCCAGUCGGGCCACAACAUUUGGAAGUCUUCCCUUCCAGACGCGGUGACCAUGCACUCGGCCCACGGGGGGGACUCCGCCUCGUACCGGCGUGGGAGGAAGAAGCGAGUGCCCUACACCAAGGUGCAACUGAAGGAACUGGAGCGGGAAUACGCCGCCAAUAAAUUUAUCACCAAGGACAAACGGAGGAGGAUAUCGGCACAGACCAACCUGUCCGAGCGACAAGUCACGAUAUGGUUUCAGAACAGACGCGUCAAGGAGAAGAAAGUCGUCAACAAAUUGAAACCCAUCAGCUAG